AUGUCAUUUCCUAGGUUCCGCUUCGGCGGCGGUUCAAAGGGUGCAGCUACCAAUAGUACAGCCGUUAGCGACGGAACAGAAAUUAGCGAUGGCAGCUUGACAUACGUUGCAGAGCAAGGCGGAAACGACAGUCUACCCUCCUACCAAGAGGCGCUUGGAGCUCCUGUGGAAAAGCAGUCUCCUUUCGGAUACGCCGUUGGUCCCGUUACUAUCAUUUUCUUAAACAUUAGUAAAAUGAUAGGAACCGGCGUUUACUCGACCCCAUCGGCAAUCUUAGCGGGAACAGGCUCUGUCGGGGUGAGCUUGAUCUACUGGUUCAUCGGCUUCAUCAUCUCGAUCUCAUCGCUUGCUGUAUAUUUAGAGUAUGCAUCGUACUUCCCGAACCGCUCUGGGUCCGAAGCUGUAUACCUUGAACAGGCUUUUCCACGACCUAGAUAUUUCUUUCCGAUCGCAUUCGCCGUACAAUCGGUCAUACUAUCUUUCAGCAGCGGAAACUCGAUUGUUUUGGCGAAAUAUCUCUUCGCGAUGAGCGGACACACACCCACGAAUUGGGAGUUGAAAGGAGUCGCGAUCGCGGGGUACACAGUUGCCGUAUUGUUGCUUGCCUUUCAUACGCGCUUUUCAUAUAUGCUCUCGAACGGAAUCGGGUUGGUGAAGGUAUUGACCCUUGUCUUCAUCGCCAUCACGGGCUUCGUUGUGCUAGGAGGUCAUACCAAGGUCGCAGACCCCGAGAUCAACUUCCGCGACUCUUUUGCUGGGGCAGCAACCGCUUAUGGGGCGACAAACGCGAUGUACAAGAUUGUGUUUUCGUAUGCUGGGUUCGAAAACGCAUUUAACGUCGUGAACGAGGUGAGAAACCCAGUGAAGAAGCUAAAGACCUAUGCGUUCAUCGCCUUGACCAUUGUCGCAAUCUUGUAUACCUUGGCGAAUGUGGCAUAUUUUGCUGCAGUACCAAAGGCGGAGCUCCUUGCAUCAAAAGAGAUUUCGGCUGCACUGUUUUUCAAGCAUGCUCUCGGCUCCAGCAGCGCUGUCAAAGGUCUGAAUUUCCUCAUCGCUUUAUCAUCGUUCGGUAACCUCGUUGCUGUCCUACUGGGACAAUCGAGGUUGAUACGGGAGUGUGGUAGACAGGGUGUGCUUCCCUUUCCACGGUUUUGGGCGAGCACCAAGCCGUUCGGAACCCCUCUGGGACCCUACUUCAUUAAAUGGUUUUUGACGGUGAUUAUGAUCGUUGGACCGCCAGCUGGCGAUGCCUUCAACUUCAUUGUCGACCUUCAAGUGUAUCCCGACUCCUUGUUUAAGCUGGCAAUGGUAAUAGGGUUGCUACUUGUGCGACGGGCUCGCAGCCGCCUGAACUUACCAAGGAGCGAGUUUAGAGCGUGGGACAUCGUCGUCUACUUCAACAUAUUGGUUACUCUUUACCUAGUCAUCAUGCCAUGGUACCCGCCCGCGAAGGGUCGGUAUGGAGGCGAUGUAUCGUUCUGGUACGGAACAUAUAUUGUCGUGGGUAUCUCCAUCAUCGUCAUCUGCGGUCUCUACUAUAUCACCUGGAUCUAUGUUCUCCCUCGUUUCGGCAAGUAUCGCGUCUGCCAGGAAGUUAUUGUGUUGGACGAUGGCGCAGAAACGCACGCGCUAGUUAAAGUACCACUGCACGAGCUGGCUGAGUGGGACGCGACCCAUGAUGCGUCGGGCAGGAAGUAUAACAGCGACAGUGGGUCUGAUACAAAAUUAAGAAAUGAUCUGGCAAGCGAAGGCGAAAAGGCAUGA